AUGCCUCCUCGACUUCGUCUCUCGAACGCGCGGGUUCCUCAACCCGUCCGCUGUCAACGAGUGCUCUGCCAAUUCGAAAUCCAUUCGGCCAUUCGAUAUGCCAGCACUGGAACAGCGACAGUCCCUGCCCCCUCAAUUGAGCAGAUCACCGUGUCAACGCCUCCAAUCGCCCAUUUCCAUCCCUCGCAGCCUCCUUCUCACAGAAGCCCCGAGAACCGACGCUCCCAGCUCCUCCGACAAUACACCUCCCUUAUCCGCACAAGCCCGCUCAUGGUCUUUAUGCAGCACGACAACCUCAAGUCAGUUGAAUGGGCUGCGAUCCGACGAGAAUUGAGCAAAGCCAUGCAAAAAGUCGACGCGAAGAUCGCCGCGGAGGGCCGCAGCACCCCGGCCUUGGCUCCCCAUGUCAAAGUCCAAAUUAUCCAGACCAGUAUCUUUGAAGUUGCCCUGCGUAUCGUGGAAUAUUUCCGACCCAGCCAAUCAACAAUACAGCAAGGCAAGCCGCCAGCCGCAGUCGAUCCGGCUACACAGACCUCCGCCGAAAUCUGCCUAUCCGACUCCCGAGACGACCCUACACUGACACACGAUUUAUCGCGUGCCGCUCAGAAUGCUGUGCGCAACAUGAGGGGGAAGCAUGAGCUGUCUACUCUUCUUGUGGGGCCAAUUGCUGUCCUCUCUAUUCCAAACAUGUCCCCGGAGCACCUAAAGGCAGCCAUGUCCGUUCUGGCCCCCAAGGCCUUUGGCUACCCUGCGCCUACCCGAAAAGCCAAUCCAGACUGGCACGAUUUCCCUGUUCAGAACGGUCUGACCAAGUUGAACAUCCUUGCUGCGCGCGUGGACGAUAAGGUCUUUGACGUCGACCAGGCGAAAUGGGUUGGAAGUAUCGAAGGUGGCAUGGAUGGUCUGCGCUCCCAACUCGUCAUGGCCCUGCAGAGCAUGGGAUCUAGCAUUACGAAUGCUUUGGAGGGAGCUGGUAAGAGUCUAUACUUUACCCUUGAGGGUCGGAGGACGCAGCUGGAAGACGAACAGAAGGAAGCCUCUGGGGAAAAUGAGGAGAAGAAGGCAGAGUAA